AUGGCAGGCCUGGCCAAGAGACCCCAGGCUGGCGUCUGGGCUGGCAGGCUGAUCCCAGGCCUCCCUGGACGCCUCACUGCCGGCCCCUACCCCGCAGGGAACUUUGGAGCCCUAGUGGGCAGUUCGGGCGAGACGGCAGAGCUGGGGCUGGCUAUGCAGCUGAUUCUGCUGCUGCUUCUGAUGUGGCCAGGCGCCCCAGCAGCCCCUGGCAUGGAGGACGCUGCCUUCCCCCACUUGGGGGAGAGCUCGCAGCCCCGGCCCCGGGCUUGCCCCCAGCGCUGCUCCUGCCCCCGUGCAGACACCGUGGACUGUGGCGGCCUGGACCUGCGAGUGUUCCCAAACAACAUCACCAGGGCUGCUCAGCACCUCUCUCUGCAGAACAACCAGCUCCAGGAGCUCCCCUACAACGAGCUGUCACGCCUCAGUGGUCUGCGGACCCUCAAUCUGCACAACAACCUCAUCUCCUCUGAGGGCCUACCAGACGAGGCCUUCGAGUCCCUCACCCAGCUGCAGCACAUCUAUGUUGCCCACAACAAGCUAUCGGUGGCCCCCCAGUUUCUGCCCCGCUCCCUCCGUGUUGCGGAUCUGGCCGCCAACCAAAUGACAGAGAUCUUCCCGCUCACCUUUGGGGAGAAGCCGGCGCUCAGGUUCGUGUACCUCCACAACAACCAGCUAAGCAAUGCAGGCCUGCCCCCCGACGCCUUCCGCGGCUCUGAGGCCAUUGCCACCCUCAGCCUCUCCAGCAACCAGCUCAGCUACCUGCCGACCAGCCUGCCGCCCUCGCUGGAGCGGCUCCACCUGCAGAACAACCUCAUCUCCAAGGUGCCUCGAGGAGCCCUGAGCCGCCAGACCCAGCUCCGUGAGCUCUACCUCCAGCACAACCGGCUGACCGACAGUGGCCUGGAUGCCACCACCUUCAGCAAGCUGUACAGCCUCGAGUACCUGGACCUGUCCCACAACCAGCUGGCCGAGGUGCCCGCUGGCCUGCCCCGGACCCUGGCCAUCCUGCAUCUGGGCCGCAACCGCAUCUGGCGGGUGGAGGCGGCCCGGCUGCAGGGGGCCCGGGGCCUGCGCUACCUGCUGCUGCAGCACAACGUGCUGAGGCGCACGGGGCUGCCCCCUGGGGCUCUGCGGCCACUGCGGCGCCUGCACACGCUGCACCUGUACGGCAACAGGCUGGACCGCGUGCCCCCGGAGCUGCCCCGCCGCCUGCGGGCCCUGGUGCUGCCCCACAACCAAGUGGCCGAACUGGGCGCUCGCGACCUGGCCGCCACGCGGGGCCUGGCUGAGCUCAACCUGGCCUACAACCGCCUGGUCAGUGCCCGCAUCCACCACCGGGCCUUCCGCCCACUGCAUGCCCUGCGCACCCUUGACCUGGCCGGCAACCAGCUGACCCGGCUGCCCACUGGCCUGCCCUCCAGCCUCCACGCCCUGCGGCUGCAGCGCAACCAGCUGCGGGCCCUUGAGCCUGAGCCAUUGGCCGGCCUGGAUCAGCUGCAGGAGUUCAACCUGGCCCACAACCGGCUCCGGGUCGGCGACAUCGGGCCCGGCACCUGGCACGAGCUGCAGGCCCUCAAGGUGCUGGACCUCAGCCACAACGAGCUGUCCUUCGUGCCGCCAGACCUGCCCGAAGCCCUGGAAGAGCUGCACCUGCAGGGCAACCGCAUCGGCCAUGUGGGCCCCGAGGCCUUCGCCAGCACACCCCGCCUGCGCGCCCUCUUCCUCAGGGCCAACAGGCUUCACAUGACGAGCAUUGCACCUGAGGCCUUCCUGGGCCUCCCACACCUCCGAGUGGUAGACACAGCUGGUAACCUGGAGCAGGUCCUCGUUCAGCUGCAGCCCACCGCCCCACGUCAACCACGGGUUGGCACCGCAGGGGACAACCCCAUGUCCGUGUCCCGAGAGCUGAUUGUCCGAUGA